CCGUCUCUCAGUAUCGGCAUUUGGCUGAUUUGGUUGCCCGAGUCGCCGAUGUUCCUGCUGCUGCAGCUCAAGAACAGCGAAGCCCUCGCCGUCCUACAGCGCAUGUUUGCUGCCAACACCGGCAGACUUGCCAAGGACUAUCCUGUGAGUGCCUUGACGCAGCGCAUGUCUGCCAACACCGGCAGACUUGCCAAGGACUAUCCUGUGAGUGCCUUGACGCAGCGCAUGUCUGCCAACACCGGCAGACUUGCCAAGGACUAUCCUGUGAGUGCCUUGACGCAGCGCAUGUCUGCCAACACCGGCAGACUUGCCAAGGACUAUCCUGUGAGUGCCUUGACGCAGCGCAUGUCUGCCAACACCGGCAGACUUGCCAAGGACUAUCCUGUGAGUGCCUUGACGCAGCGCAUGUCUGCCAACACCGGCAGACUUGCCAAGGACUAUCCUGUGAGUGCCUUGACGCAGCGCAUGUCUGCCAACACCGGCAGACUUGCCAAGGACUAUCCUGUGAGUGCCUUGACGCAGCGCAUGUCUGCCAACACCGGCAGACUUGCCAAGGACUAUCCUGUGAGUGCCUUGACGCAGCGCAUGUCUGCCAACACCGGCAGACUUGCCAAGGACUAUCCUGUGAGUGCCUUGACGCAGCGCAUGUCUGCCAACACCGGCAGACUUGCCAAGGACUAUCCUGUGAGUGCCUUGACGCAGCGCAUGUCUGCCAACACCGGCAGACUUGCCAAGGACUAUCCUGUGAGUGCCUUGACGCAGCGCAUGUCUGCCAACACCGGCAGACUUGCCAAGGACUAUCCUGUGAGUGCCUUGACGCAGCGCAUGUCUGCCAACACCGGCAGACUUGCCAAGGACUAUCCUGUGAGUGCCUUGACGCAGCGCAUGUCUGCCAACACCGGCAGACUUGCCAAGGACUAUCCUGUGAGUGCCUUGACGCAGCGCAUGUCUGCCAACACCGGCAGACUUGCCAANGUGUGUAUCUGUCGCUUCAAACAUCUGCCACUUCACACAUCUGCCACAUCACACAUCUGCCACUUCACACAUCUGCCACAUCACACAUCUGCCACUUCACACAUCUGCCACUUCAUCCGUAGUUCUAUUAACCUCAAUAAAAUUGCGGUGUGCGAUGUCGUGGAGUUCUCAGGCUCGAGUAACGCCACAAGUCCCUGCGACAACCCUGACGGUCCCGUGGACACCCAAGCCCUCAUCAACACCCUCAUCACGAGCAUCGCGCCCCUCCCCGCCAACAUCUGGACCAUCUACCACAUGGACAAGCUCGGCAGAAAGUUCUUCCUAGUUCUUAGCAUGGUGCUAUCGGGCUCGUCUGUGUUCGCGAUCUACGGCGUGAAGUCGACAGCAGGAAACCUGGCGCUGAGUUGCGUCUUCGGGGCGGUCUCCACCAUGGGCUACAACGCCCUCGACUGCCUCGGCACCGAGCUCUUCCCUACACAACUCAGGUCUACGGCGCUGGCGGUGACGCUGCUGGCGGCGCGUGUGGGGGCCAUCUGUGGUAACGUGGUCUUCGGGUACCUCGUGGACACGGUGUGUGUGGUACCCAUGCUGAUGGUGGCCUCGCUGCUCGUGGCGGGCGGCAUAGCAAGUAUAUUCCUACCGAACACGACGCGCACAGCACUGCUUUAGUCACGUCUUGGACUACACUGCGCCUGCUGGAACUGGAAUAUAAGAAUAACUGGACCAUCCUUUGAAUAUAAACCAAACAUUCCUAGAAUAAAAGAUUUACUUAAUUUUAUUGUCUAGAGCUCAAUUUUAAUCUAUUGGAACUUGUGUAUCGGUUUCAUAUGAUUGUUAUUUAUUUUUAUGUCGCCAAUGACGAUGAACGCUACGUCGGCGAGUCAUUGGUGUCGUGUGGUGCUGAUCAUUGCAAUGUUGCAUGAUGUUGCGAAGAUACCUUGUUUGUUUUAACUGGCGACUUCUACGUACAUCAAAGACUAUUUGUAGAAAAAUAGUGCUGAUUGUAACAACCUUUCUCAGGGUUACUGAACUUGAGUACUCUUGGUUGAACCCCACUUUUCCAUGCGAAUUUGUUACUUUUGAAAAAAAUGACCGCCUUAAAAGCUUGGGCCCAAGUGCUCUCUCAACUGUGCCCAUUCCUUCACAAGUGGAAUCUUCCGCUGUUGAAGAGCGACACAAAUUGUAAGGGAAAUAUUGGUACAGAUUUCCCUUCUGAACGUCAUUGAAUGAUAUCCUGUCAUAUUGUUUGGGAUGCACGGAAUUAUUUAUCGAGACGCUAGAUCGGCUAAAUUUAGGUGGCUAAAUUACGUUUAUUAAUAUCAACGUGAUUUUUAAUUUGGGGUCCACUUAUUUGGAGUCCGAUUGAAGUUUAAGAAGAAAAUACACCGUGAAAUAAGAAUUUAUAGGUUCUAAAGUUUCUUAUUUUCGUAUCGGGCAUUUUAUAUCGCACGCAAGGACGCAUGGUUUCUGUAUGACGGUUGGCAGAUAUGUAUAUCAAUUUAAACUGAAAAUAAGACAUAUUCAUGAUGAAGCAGAAGUAUAACUCGAA